GUGUAAAGUCGUUCGCGUGAGAGUGCAGAAUGGAGGAGAUCGAGACUGUUCCUCUGAGCGUGUCGGCUGGCGGCGGCGGUUUCUCGUCGUGGCUGCAGCGCCGCCUGCCCGCGCUGCGCUGGGCGCGCGCGUACGACCGCACGAGCGCGGCGGCGGACGCGGUGGCCGGCGUCACGCUGGGCCUCACGCUCGUGCCGCAGAGCAUCGCCUACGCCUCGCUGGCAAAUUUGCCCGUGCAAUACGGCCUGUAUUCUGCAUUUGUAGGUACGAUGCUAUAUGUGUUGCUGGGUACUGUGAAGGAAGUGUCAAUAGGGCCCACGAGCCUCAUGGCAUUGCUCACGUUGCAGGCAUGCCGUGACCUCCCUAUCGAUUUUGUCGUGCUUCUUACCUUCCUCUCCGGCUGCAUCGUACUUCUUAUGGGCCUUCUGCGAUUAGAUUUUCUGGUUGAUCUGAUCUCACCGUCGGUGACGAGCGGUUUUACGUCUGCUACGGCCAUAAUCAUCGUGGUUGCACAACUCAAGGGGCUACUGGGCCUAAGUUUCGUGGCAGAAUCUCCGGCGGAGAACCUGUGGCAAAUCGCUAUGCGCUGGCGCGACGUGCGUGCGGCCGACUGCGCACUCGCUUUUGUGUGCUGCACCACGCUGCUGCUGCUUAGGAAAUUAAAGGAUGUUCCAUUAAGUCCAAAACGGUUCAAAUUGAAAAAAACACUGUGGUUUAUUUCUAUCGGUCGCAAUGCGCUGGUUGUUUUCACUGCUUCCGCCUUCGCUUUUUACACUUACGACGCCAAGAUGCCACUAUUUAAACUAUCAGGUAAAGUGGAGCCCGGUCUGCCAAAGUUUGGUUUGCCGCCUUUUAGCGCAGUAGUCGGCAACCGCACUCUCGGAUUCCUGGAAAUGACGACGCAGCUCGGCUCGAGUUUAUUGCUGUUACCUUUCGUCAUGGUGCUCGCAAACAUCGCCAUCGCCAAGGCCUUCAACACGGGCGGUCGCGUGGAUGCGGCGCAGGAGAUGUUGACGCUGGGCGUGUGCAACUGUGUGGGUGCGCUGGUGCGUGCGAUGCCCACGUGCGGUGCCUUCACACGCUCCGCCGUGUCGCACUCGUCUGGCGUGCGCACACCGGCGGCCGGACUCUACUCGGGUAUAAUAACAUUACUGGCUCUCAACUACCUUACUAAAUACUUCUUCUUCAUACCGAAGGCUUGUUUAUCGUCCGUUCUCAUCUGCGCCGUUAUAUUCAUGGUGGACGUGGGUACAGCGCGGCGAUUGUGGCGCGAGCGGCGCCGCGAAGCGUUGGUAGCGGCGCUCACGUGCAGCGUCGGAGUGUGCGCCGGCGUGGAGGCCGCUGUGCUGUGUGGCGCGCUUGCCUCGCUGGCAGCACUACUGGCUGACCUAUUGCGUCGACCCACGCUUCUGAUGGCCAUCGACAAGACUGUCGGUGGAAGUGUACUGCUGGUGCGGCCGCGGCGUGCGCUCGUCUACAUCAACGCAGAGAGAUUCGCGGCGCGUGUGCACAGGGCUAUCGAUGAAACAGACUCGCAACGCGAGCUGUUCGUCGACUGCUCCGCACUCACACUGCUCGACUACACCGCUGUGCAGGUGCUCGGGCGGCUGAUAAAGGAGUUAGAGGGUGAGGGUCGGCAGGUUGUGUUUUUCCGUGCGAACGAAGAGGCGGCGCGCUGGUUGCGACGCGUGCCGGGCCUGCGUGCAGACACGCUGCGCGAGCGCACGCUGCGGGACGCGCUGCGGCACGGCGCCGAGCCCGCCACGGCCGAUGGGGACGCCGCCGCGCUUCUGCUCAAAGAUGAACCAUCGCACGAAGACGUCUGAUGCGGCCUCAGUCUAUGAGGAUAUCGAUCAAGAUCUACUGACAAACUCGUUAUUAAUGUACUUUAGAUGUGGGAUAGUAUUCAACCAGUGCGAUAUAUGAUCUACCUUACUCCUGUGUACAUAAAUGUAGACGAAUCUCCCUUUCGAUGUUGCUCGUUUUCCCUUCUUAUAAAUGACCAAGCCAAAGAAUAAUUAUUUACUUUUAUCUGGCUACUACGAUAAAAUAAAGAUUUAAUCUUUGUAAUCCUUUGAUGAUGUGUAAUUAUGUUCUGCACACUAGUUGUAAAAUACUCUCAAUGUUUAUAAUUAUUAUUUUUAUUGUUAAAAUAUUGUUUUAA